CUUCAAGCCUACGUACCUAUCGUGGUGGCAGAGAGGCGAGCGUGGCUUUGCGUGUGCACAGCCAGGACAGGAAAAAUGCAUUGCCCCGCUGCGGGUUGGCGCUUCGCAACGCGGCCCCCUGCCUGCAGUUCCAGUACUAUGCUAGCACAUAGGAGCUGCCAGUGCACCGCCAUGCCCUCCACCAGCAGCUUGCCGGCUUCGACCUGCACCCGGCUUCCUCUAGGGGGACAGCGCAGGCCCCAAGCACCGACGCCCCAGCCGGCAACUAGCGCACAGCGGCCCGCCCGCGCCAUCUGCGCACAGGCUGCAUCUGACUGGAGUGGUGGCGGCGAUGGGAGGUACGUGCCGACCGAUUGGAGCGGAGUGGCGCCGGGGGCGUACGCAGACCCGCGAGUUGCGCCGCUGGGCCCGCAGCAGCAGCGGCCGCCGUAUGGGCCUGGUGGUGAGGCCGGCCCAAGUGCCGGUGCGAGCACGAGCAGCUUUGACAGCCAACAGGAAUCUGACCCGAUUUCAGAGAUUGCCCGGUCGGCGGUGGACGCCGUGACUGGCUGCCUGGCGUUCCUGGUGGGCCGGCUGUCGGACGCGGCGCUGUCGCUGCUGCCGUCACACGUCAAGCGGAAGGCGGUCGAGAACACGGUCAAGGGAGCACUGGCGCUGCUGGGGCUGGCGCUUCUACAGAGCGUGCUGUCGCUGGUGUUGACUGUGGGCACACUGGUGCUGGCGGUGUACGCCGCAUACCAGGUUUUUGGCGUACAGUUGCCCUUCCUGCCGCCGCAGCCCGGCAGCGGGGAGACGGGGGCGGGCUACGGCUACGGCAGCUACCGGCAAGAAGGCCCGUUUGCGUCCGCUGGCCCGCAAGCGGAUCCGCGGUACGGUGGCGGCGGCGGUGUGGGCGGCGGCGGCGCCUACGGCCCUUACGGUGGACCCUACCAGCAGCAGCAGCACCCGCAGGAGCCGGGCGGUGCAGGGCGGUACUACGGGCCGGGGCCGGGGCAGUCCUACCCUGGCGGGUACGGCGGUGCUGCGCCCUACCCGCCGCGCCCGGCAGGUGGCCCUGGCCCCCGCCCCGUGCAGCAGCGACGACAGGGGCCCACCAUUGACGUGUACUGGGAAUGAGCAUGGUGGGCCGGGUGUGCGCGCAUGCGUGUGGACGUGUUGGCAACACAUUGUUAUGCGCUUGAUAGCGAAGCGCUUACGAUGUGUAACAUAGCCACGCAAAUGCCUAGACAAUGGAUUUAGGUUAGAUGAAGUAGGCAGCAAUGACACUUACAAGUGCAUGGUGCGAAGCAGGAAUGCAUUACGAAAGUCAAGGUGGGAUAAGAUGGGGGCCUGGCGGACAUUUUGUCGUGUGCAAAUCUGUGCCCCUCAGGCAACGGGAUGUCAGUCUAUGGCGCAGGAUGACCAGUGGCAGCCAGGAGGCGCCAUGCUAAGCACAGGACCCCUUGUCACUGCCUCGUUAGCUGAUAGAGGUUACAUGUGGGACGACAGCCGUGGACUAGCCAGGGCCCCAAAAACGUACGAGACACGCACGCUCACCCGAGGAGAGAUCCCCGAAUGACCCCCAUGCUCCUCGCCUCCGGAGAGGGGAGGAACCCCAGGCCCGGCUCA